AUGCGAGCACGCCAAACUGCCAGGCUCGAACAACAUGUCGAUGAGCAACGUCAGCAUGAAGCGGAGUCACCAGCGCAACCCAUGCAAACAAAAACGAAGGCCUCUCCGAAGUCGGAUGGCAACGAAGGCGGCAACAGUUCGCCAUAUACCGAGUUGAGCGACGACCACAUGCCAGCGGAGGAUCAUGAAGAGGAAGAGCUUCCUUCAUCUCGCUUUGCCGAAGCAAAUAAAUUCUAUGAGUCAGUGACUGCGCCUACACCUCCAACGAGCACGCGAACGGCGACGACGCCAGCAUCCCAGAUCAGCGCUGUUUCGGAAUUCAAACCCAAAGAAUCUGAGAACUUCCCUGACUCGAUCAAACAUUUCCACGGGGAACUUUAUUCGAUAACUCUGAAGGAGGCUGUCGUGUCAUCGCGGCGCACGCAAUCCGUACAAAAAUGCGAUCGCCAAGUUGCGCUACAUGCGUUUUCGAUACGCGAAACUUGUAUGCGAGGAACAGGUCAAAGCAGAUGUAUUGCUGCAACGUUUGAAGACAUGGUGGGGUAUCCGCCACCUGCACUGUUACUGCAUUGGUCGUUGUCGACUCCCGUGGUUGGACCCCAAGCGAUGAGACAAAGUUUUUCUUUUGAUUCUGCUCCUAGUAGAGCCAGUGGGGGUUCGCAACCUCCCAUUUUCGGACUGCGUCACGGAAGUCAGCAAGAAGUUGCGAACGUGGCUCCUACGGUAUAUCAAUAUUCGGAUAGCCGAGCUAUCUCACAAGGGGCUGUAGCACACCACGGUGUCGGCGUGCCGGCACAAUCUUCUCCUCACGGAAGUGGGCAAUUCCGUCUCGGUGUCUCUGCAUACUCAGUGGUCGACAGCGGUGUCGUCGAUGGCGUUUUCGUCGGCGCCACACUUGCAAAUGAGGGACGCAAUGAUGCAUGUUGA